AUGCCAGAUCAUUUGGGUGCAGAUCAACGCAAAACGAAAGAGCAAAAGGAUGAUGAAAAACCUAUAAAAGCUCUUGAUGAAGGAGAUAUCGCUUUACUGAAGACAUAUAGUUCAGCUGCGUAUAGCAAGGAAAUUAAGCAAUGUGAAGAAGAUAUACAGACUUACAUGAAACGUGUAAACGAGUUAACUGGCCUUAAAGAAUCAGAUACCGGCCUGGCUCCUCCUGCCCUCUGGGAUUUAGCUGCUGAUAAAGCCUGCCUAUCAAGUGAACAUCCACUUCAGGUUGCCCGAUGCACAAAGAUUAUUAAUGCAGACAAUGAAGAGCCAAAGUACAUUAUCAACGUAAAGCAGUUCGCUAAAUUUGUUGUUGAUUUAGCUGACACCGUAUCACCUACUGAUAUUGAGGAGGGAAUGCGUGUUGGUGUUGACCGCACUAAGUAUCAAAUCCACAUACCACUACCUCCUAAGAUCGACCCAAGUGUAACUAUGAUGCAGGUAGAAGACAAGCCGGAUGUCACAUACAGUGAUGUGGGUGGCUGCAAAGAACAAAUAGAGAAGCUAAGAGAGGUAGUAGAGUUACCUCUUCUUCAUCCUGAGAAAUUCGUUAACCUUGGUAUCGAACCUCCCAAAGGUGUAUUACUGUUUGGUCCACCCGGUACGGGUAAAACAUUGUGUGCAAGAGCAGUGGCUAAUCGUACAGACGCCUGUUUCAUUCGUGUUAUCGGUUCAGAAUUAGUUCAAAAGUAUGUCGGUGAAGGUGCACGCAUGGUUCGAGAGCUGUUCGAACUCGCCAGAUCGAAGAAAGCGUGUAUUAUAUUUUUCGAUGAAAUCGAUGCCGUAGGAGGUGCUCGAUUUGAUGAUGGGCUGGGUGGAGAAAAUGAAGUACAAAGAACUAUGCUUGAGCUUAUAAAUCAGUUAGAUGGUUUUGAUCCAAGAGGGAACAUAAAAGUUCUAAUGGCUACCAAUCGUCCUGAUACACUGGAUCCUGCCCUUGUUAGACCUGGUCGCUUGGAUCGUAAAGUUGAAUUUGGUCUACCAGAUCUUGAAGGUCGUACUCAUAUAUUUAAGAUACACGCUCGUUCUAUGUCUGUUGAAAAGGAUAUUCGGUAUGAACUUCUCGCUCGUCUUUGUCCUAACAGCACUGGUGCUGAGAUUCGUAGUGUUUGUACUGAAGCUGGAAUGUACGCCAUCAGAUCAAGGAGAAAAAUGGCCACUGAAAAAGACUUUUUAGAGGCUGUCAACAAGGUUAUCAAGUCGUAUGCCAAAUUCAGUGCAACUCCGCGUUAUAUGACAUACAAUUAA